UUACAAUGGUCCCUGAGUUGCCCAGACCCAUAGUGCAUACUCCAGUAGGCAGUUUUCGAGGUCUCCAGGCCCAGGAUGGGAAUUACUCCAUGUUCUUGGGUAUCCCGUAUGCAAGAGUUGAUCCUGACAAUGUUUUUGGUCCUCCUAUUCCACACAAAUUUGAAGGGAUAUUUGAAGCCGUCGACGAUACCUCAAGGUGUCCACAAGUUGAAGAAUUCAACAACACAAUCACUGGGACAUUAGACUGUCUUCACGUCAACAUUCACGUACCGUACAGCGCUAGUAUUGAUAAUCCCUUGCCUGUUAUGAUCUACAUAUUUGGGGGCAUAUUCGAAUAUGGGUUUGCAGGCAGAUACGUCUACGGACCACGAUUCUUGGUCAGACAUGACGUUAUUUUCAUUACUUUCAACUAUCGCGUUGGCCCUUAUGGAUUCAUGUGUCUUAAAACGUCUAAAUUGCCAGGGAAUCAGGGUUUGAAAGAUCAAGUACUAGCAUUACGCUGGAUAAAAGAAAAUAUACGAUAUUUUGGCGGAGACGACUCCAAAAUAACUAUAGCGGGAAACAGUUCAGGUGGAGAAUCUGUGGAUUUGCAUCAAUAUUUUCUACAGGAACCACUUUAUAAUAGAGUGAUUAUGCAAAGUGGCGUUUCGUUAUCUCGUACACUUAUCGAAGAUUCUGAUCCAUAUGCUCCUAUAAAAUUAGCAAAGCAAUUGAAUUAUACAACGAAUGAUAUUAACGAAGCUUUAUCAUUUCUGAAUAAACUAAGGCCACGUGAACUUAUUGCUGCAACAAGGGAUUCUGGUGUAUUUUUUGGACCGUGUGUUGAAAAGCAAUUCGAGAAUGCUGAUAACUAUAUAACGAAAUAUCCAGCUGAUUUGAACACAAUUACUCGUAGAGAUGCCGAUGUCUUAAUUGGUAUUAAUAACGACGAAGCCUAUGUGAUAAUAACCAUAAUAGAAAAAGAUGAAUUUGAAAGUACCGACUACGUGUCUGAGCUCUUAGAAACUUAUUUUGAUUUUAGAAAUGAAAUUAAGCUUUCAGAUGAAAUUCAAAAUAUUGUCCGUUUGUUUUAUUAUGGUGAUGAUUUACAACGUGCAGAUAAUAGGAGACCAGAAAUGAAUGUAUGUGCCGAUUUGGUUUUUCACAGUCCAAUAUUCAGAACUGUUAGAAAAUAUUUGGAAAGUGGUGUAAACAACACGUACUUCUAUACGUUUUCAUUUGUUGGUGAAAGGAAUUACCGUAAGGAUUUAAAUAAUGUGCCAUAUACUGAAGGUGGUGCCGCUCACGCAGAUGAGCUGGGAUAUUUAUUUGAUGUGUCUUACAUGAAAGAACGGUUGCGUGAUGAAGAUAUGCUUAUUGUAGACAGGAUGACCGAACUUUGGACUAAUUUCGCUAAAUAUGGAAAUCCAACACCGAAACCAUCAAAGUUGAUUCCUCUUCAAUGGCCACGCGUAACCCAGGACAAACUGCCAUAUUUGGAGAUAAACACUGAACUUCGCCUAGGUUCAAGACCGAUGCACGAGCGGAUGAGCUUUCUAGACCUUCUGUACAGGCAUAUAGGACAUUACGAAAGAGUCAUAAGUAAGGAGUGA